UGUCAAGCUCCCAUCGACUGUUGGAGAGGACACGUUAGUCUUGGACAUCUGGUUACACACUAAAUCCAGCCACUAGCCGAGAAUAAAGCCUACUACUGUUACAGUUCGCUCGGAUCCUAUGUCUCUGACAUAGAAAAUCUUCAUCACAGCUUCAAAAGGAGUCUUCUAGAAUUCAUCUUGUGCGGAGCUUCUACUGACCCCAGAGUUUGAGGACAACAAAAGAACACUCCAUCAUGCAUCACUCGCUUCUACUACAAUUCCUCCUCCCUCUCUUCCUCUCACAGCUAUUUCUCUCAGAUGCACGCUCACAGCAACCGUCAGGCAGAGAUGCCAUUCUCCUAUCUCGAGUCCAUUCGCUCACGCUGCGGGCAAACCGCCUUACCACUUCCAGGCGCGUCUCCCCGAUCCCUCAGCUGAAAUGCAUUGGGCCAUCCAAACGUAUCUGCAACCUAUACCCCAUCGAAACGAUGCGAUGCACAAACGAAGGUUACGACUACGAUGAGGAGGAUGUUCAGUGGACGUGCACCGCCUCGCUCCCACCAGAGUUCAAGCUCGGCUCAACCGACGUAGUCUGCGAGGGUUACCGGGACGCUGACGAUAAAUGGGUCUUGAAGGGAAGCUGCGGCGUGGAGUAUCGUCUACUACUGACAGAGCUGGGGGAAAAGCGGUUUGGUUCAGGAGGGCAGGAUAGCGACUUUUGGCCCACAGAUGUCGAUUUGUCUGGCUGGAGAGGGUAUUUUUCUGCGCUGGGCAACCUGGUGUUUUUUGGGUUUAUGGUGGCAUGUUUCUCCCUCAUAUUGUGGCCCAUGCUCCGAGACUGUUUUGGGCUACGUGGAGGUCGACGAGCUGGUGGGAUCGGUCGCGGCUGGGGUGGUGGUGGAGGUGGAGGUCCCUACCCUCCUGGUCCUCCUCCUCCCUAUACCAGUUGCCCAGAUCCUGCUUCUGCUUCUGAACCGUGGAGACCCGGGUUUUGGACAGGCGCUUUGGGUGGUGCUGCGGCAGGCUAUGGACUGGGAAGCAGAGCCAAUCGCCGCAACCAAACAUUCACGCAACGGCGCACCUCGUCUUUCACCAGAUGGGACGACCCAGGUGAGGGUAGCUCGGGAUCACGCUCGCCGCACUUUUCAAGUACAAGCACAAGUACCGGAUUUGGCUCCACUAGGCGCCGAUAAAGGUGAGGGUGGCAGAGCGCGAAGGGAUCCCUUGCCGUUAUUUGGGUGACUUAAUGCGUCUCUUUGCUACUUCGUGGCGUCAACGAGUCUCUUAACUGAAGAAGCCAUACGGCAGUUGUAUUAUGCCUCGAAAAUCAGACACCUACGGUAUCUGCUUUCUCAGCUUAUUUCAUCGUAGCAUGAUGCACGUAACACCUUAAAGUUGUCGCCUCUCUAGAAAAUCCGCCUGGAACCACGCACCCA